CCUGCCCCGCCGGGCGCGCGCCCGAGGACACUGAGCUUGCGCGGCGGGCCGUACGGCAGCCGGGAGGGGCUACGGGGCCGAGGCUGGCCGGCGCGGGGAAAAUGGCGGCGGCGGCGAACGGGACCGGAGGGAGCAGCGGGAUGGAGGUGGAUGCUGCAGUAGUCCCCAGCGUGAUGGCCUCCGGAGUGACGGGGAGUGUUUCGGUCGCUCUUCAUCCCCUGGUCAUUCUCAACAUCUCAGACCACUGGAUUCGCAUGCGCUCGCAGGAGGGGCGGCCUGUGCAGGUGAUUGGGGCUCUGAUCGGGAAGCAGGAAGGCCGAAAUAUCGAGGUGAUGAACUCCUUUGAGCUGCUGUCCCACACCGUGGAAGAGAAGAUUAUCAUUGACAAGGAAUAUUAUUACACCAAGGAGGAGCAGUUUAAACAGGUAUUCAAGGAGCUGGAGUUUCUGGGUUGGUAUACCACAGGGGGUCCACCUGACUCCUCCGACAUCCACGUCCAUAAGCAGGUGUGCGAGAUAAUCGAGAGCCCCCUCUUUCUUAAAUUGAAUCCCAUGACGAAGCACACAGACCUUCCCGUCAGCGUUUUUGAGUCUGUCAUUGACAUAAUCAAUGGAGAGGCCACAAUGCUGUUUGCUGAGCUAACCUACACUCUGGCCACAGAGGAAGCUGAACGCAUUGGUGUAGACCACGUGGCUCGAAUGACGGCCACGGGCAGUGGCGAGAACUCUACUGUGGCUGAACACCUGAUAGCACAACACAGUGCAAUUAAGAUGCUGCACAGUCGUGUCAAGCUCAUCUUGGAGUAUGUCAAGGCCUCUGAAGCCGGAGAGGUCCCCUUUAAUCAUGAGAUCCUGCGGGAGGCCUAUGCUCUGUGCCACUGCCUCCCAGUGCUCAGCACAGACAAGUUCAAGACAGACUUUUAUGAUCAAUGCAACGAUGUGGGGCUCAUGGCCUACCUUGGCACCAUCACCAAAACAUGCAACACCAUGAACCAGUUUGUGAACAAGUUCAACGUCUUGUAUGAUCGGCAAGGCAUUGGCAGGCGCAUGCGAGGGCUCUUCUUCUGAGGGUACUUGGAUGACACGAGUCUGAUGACUGUCCUCGAGGGGAGGGGUGCUACACUCCUGGAGAAACCUUGGUCAUUAAUAAAAGGGUAACAGCCCCUCAGCACCCCUUC